UCAAUGCAUUGAAGCGUCCUGGAUUCUUGACGCCAUGGUGCCGCGCCCAUCACGCGGAUCGCAAAACCGAACGCCGGGAAGAAAAUGCUUGGCAGAUAUCGUUCAAAUUGGCGAUGGAUGCUAGCCAUGACUCCCAAUCAGCUCAGCCCUUGACUGUUGGAACCGUGUUUCGCCUGGGCCGCAAACUAGGAAGUGGAUCGUUUGGAAAGAUCUACUAUGCUAUCAACUCUCAGAAUGGCCAAGAAGUGGCUGUGAAAUUGGAAGAGCAUAGUGGUCGUCAUCCCAUGCUUUUGUAUGAAGCAAAGCUCCUGAAACAUUUGGAAGGAGGUCAAGGAGUUGCAACCCUCUAUUACUCUGGGAGCGAAGGUGGCUUCAAUGUGAUGGUCAUGGAUCUUCUUGGGCCAUCAUUGGAGGAUCUUUUCAGCAGCUGUCACAGGAAAUUUUCCGUCAAAACGACCAUCAUGCUUGCUGAACAAAUGAUCAGCAGACUCGAGUACCUGCACUCGAAGGAUUUUAUUCACCGGGAUUUGAAGCCUGACAACUUCACUGUUGGUUUGGGCAGCACAUCCAGCACUGUAUAUUUAAUUGACUUUGGUUUAGCAAAGCGCUACUGCGACUCAAAAGGCAAGCAUCAUCAGAUUUGUCAACGGAAAAGCCUGACAGGAACAGCAAGAUAUGCAUCAAUCAAUGCGCAUAAGGGAUUGGAGCAAAGCCGCCGAGACGACAUGGAGGCACUUGGCUACAUUUUGCUAUACUUUUGCCGCGGCGUGCUGCCCUGGCAGGGUCUGCAAGCAGAAACAAAAGAAAAGAAGUACCGGAAAAUCAUGGAGGUCAAGCAAGCGACACCUUUGGUAACUUUGUGUGAAGGUUGCCCUAAACCUCUUGCUACCUACGUGUCCUACUGUCGCUCCCUAGACUUUCCGGAACGCCCAGACUACACUUUCUUCAAGCGCCUGUUCAAGGACUUCAUGAAAGAUGAAGGGCUACAACACGACGGCAUGUUUGAGUGGUCACAACGGGAGGUUGGUGUAAGCUUCAGUGCCUCCGAAGGUGGCAUAAGACAGAGACGGUCCAGACGAGGCCGCGGGCUUUCGGAUUCGGUUGCAUUCCAGACUGAAGGACGCACAAGCAUAAGAACCGCCAGCAAAUAUACGUCCCGCGAUAUUCGGGACUCGCAGACCUUCGACGGAGCGCGUCCUGGACAGAGUCCGAAGGCGAAACGUCCUGGAAUGAUUGCAUCCAUUUUUGGCUGCUGCCGGGCAACGCCAGAAGAUUAACUUUCUGCCUUGAGCUCCUGCCUUCAACUCUGAAGUUGAAGCAUGGACCGCAUUUUUUCCAGUGUUUCUGAAGAUCGUGGUAUCAACCUAACCAGCCACUGAUUGUGUCCUACAAGAUGCAACGUGUCAUCACAGACAAGAAACUCAUCCUGAGAAAUCACAGUGCUCCUGCCGAGUCUGACAACCGUAUGACACCGGGUGUCAGACCUCAUGUACCUUGACAGUGUGACAUUCAGUCAUAGCGAUGCAUUUUUGGACUCCUCGUCAAGCGAAGAGUCUGACAAGCUGUUGCACCCACGCAAAA